AGCAAGCCCUUCUGCGCACGCGCCCUCGCCUCCCAAAGGGACGGGAGCCCCGCCCACCAUGAGCCAGGUCUGAUUGGUUGGACCCCGCUGGCCCCGCCCCUCCGCCGGCCUCCUAUUGGCCAAUGCGGGAGCAGAGCGGGAGCCGAGAAGUCUCUGUCGAGAGGAAGCGGUUCCAACAAGGUCUGGAGGGAGAGAGGGUCAGCGCUUCCAGGACAGAUGGAGAGACUCUUGCCUUCUUCCUCCAGCCCUCGGUUCCUCUUACUGUAAGAGCGAAGAACCCUUUCUGGGAAAACUAUGGACAGAUGCAACAAAGUUAAAUUCCUGCUGAAACAAUGGGAGGCUUCAUUUUUUCAGGAGCACCAGAGGAGACCCAGCAAGGCUGAUAUGGUGGAGGCUCCUGAAGAGAUCAGAAAUUUGUACAGAGAGUACAAGGCCCUAAGGGAAACCAAGGAGCAUCAUCAAGGUCUCCCUGUUUCUGAAGCCAGCAGCCAGCAAAACACACAGGAUCCUUCAGCAGUAGAAAAGGUAACUGGUUCAGAUUGCUGGGGAGCACACCUGAAUCGAAGCUUUACAGUUCCAAAAGUGAUCCCACAGGAUCGGGACACACUUCAAGGCUCUGCUCAGUAUUUUGGCAUGAAGCUGAAAUGCAACCUGGGGGCAGCUAUUAAGGAACAUCCUGUAACUUUAAGGAAAUCCCUUACUCCGAGGAGGAAGUCAGUCACAUUAAUGGAGAAGGACAUACAUCAAAUAACAAAGUCAUUGUCUUCCAAAGCACUAGAGCAUCCUCUGAUAGAAAAUAGUACAGAUCAACUGCCUGGACCUGAUCCCAAGGAAAUUGCAGCCCUCAUCCCACCAUCGUUUCCAGGGUGGAGUCCUGCCAGGCUGUCCUCCACUGAUCCAAGGCCGAGAAUGUCGCCACUUGGUAAGUUUCAGCGCCUGAAGCAGACAGUAACCAAGCAGCUGAGUAACCUGGAUCCUGGUUGGCUGGAUAGAUGCAGACUGAAGACUGGAGAGGGGCUAAUGGGAGACUGCAAUCCUACCCCAGUUGGUGGGACAGACUCAAGCCAAGGAUCUCCAAAAGUCAGUUCCCUGGAAAAAUUAAAUCCUUUUUUUUACUCUGGAGAGAGGCUAUGGGAGACAUUUUCUGAUUCUCCUGGAGAAAAUUGCAAAGGAGAUGUCAAGGAGAGGCCUUCUGUUGUCCCAAAUAUUGGAGACAGCUGCAUGCUGAGGGUGCAGGAUAAGGAAAUGUCAGUUAAAAGUCCAAGGGAAGAAGAGGUAAACUUAGCACUUGUUGAAACCAAAGCUGAGUUUUCCUCCAUUGAACAGAACCAUAAACUGGAGAUUGGCACCAAAGUGGAGGAGCAUUUUAUGGAAGGAAUGUUGCCAAGGAAAGAACGUGAUGGCCUCUGCAAAGGAGAGAAUGGGUUGUCUGAUCCCCACAAGAAGAGGAAAUCCUCCUGCAAGAAUAGGCUACAGGAUGUUGAAGCCCAUGCUGAGGACAGCACAGCCUGUUGCAAAUCAGGAAUAAAGCGCAAGAGAACUAAAGAACCUGUGGGGGAGAGCCGGGCCAAAAAGCAACAUGGCGUUGGUCAAAAGCCAGAGCUGAGUGAAUAUGACUUUGAUGGUCUGGAUACUGCGGAGGUGAAAGAGCAAAUGGGGACAGCUGCCCCAUUUCCCUCAGAAAACCUGCUGGGGGAAGUCAUGGGGGAGGAUUGCCCUAGACAGAAGGGGAGAGCCAACAUCUUACCUUGCAGGGCUGCACCAAAGAAGGAGGGCAACUUUGUCCGUCUGAAUCUCAAGAGGAAAUCUCACAUCAAAGGGUAUGCGCUAAGAGGAAAACACCUCCGUAAACAAGUAUGGAAGCAGAAGUGGAAGAAGAAGGGAGAACAAUUUGGUGGAGGUGGCAGGCCCAUGGACAGAGGAUCAGACACUUGCUUUAGAUGUGGAGGAAUUGGUCACUGGGCCUCACAGUGCAAAGGGAAAAAAACGCCAGAGCAACUCUCAGCUGCUGAACCUCAACUGGAGGAAAAUGGAUGCAGUACUGAAGAAGAGGUGCCCUUGCUAACUCUGGAGGAAGUGGCUCAGAUGACUAAUACAGCCUACAGCAAGAUUUCAGCAAAAAAUGGGAGCAGCCAAGGAGCACCGGAGGAUCUGGCUCAGAAGGAAGGAACUUACCUGCAAGUGCACAGGCCUGUGUAUGAGCCUCCCCCUCCACCUGAGCCCAUAGAACCACUCUACAGACUGGCGCUGGAUGGGAAGGUGAGAGAGACUCCUCCUGAAGUGUUCCAUGCACUGGCUGAGCUGGGAUUCGCUUCCUUCCGCCCAGGACAGGAAACAGCAGUGAUGAGGAUACUUUCAGGGCUCUCAACACUGGUGGUUCUGUCAACAGGAAAGGGAAAAUCUCUCUGUUACCAGCUCCCUGCAUAUUUGUACAGCAAGCGAUCCAAGUGCAUCACUUUGGUGAUCUCACCAUUGGUGUCUCUAAUGGAUGACCAAGUGUCUGGCCUUCCUCAGAACCUGAAAGCAGUCUGCAUACAUUCUAACAUGUCCAAGACCCAGAGAGAGGCUGCUAUGGAGAGGGUGAAGGCUGGGAAGGUUCAUGUCCUCCUGCUCUCCCCUGAAGCCUUGGUUGGGGGAGGCCUGUCUGGAUCCAGCUGCCUCCCACCUGCUGACCAGCUUCCCCCAGUUGCUUUUGCCUGCAUCGAUGAAGCGCACUGUGUCUCAGAGUGGUCCCACAAUUUCCGCCCUUGUUAUCUGCAGCUCUGUAAGGUUCUUCGGGACCGUUUAGGUGUGCACUGCUUCUUGGGCCUCACAGCCACUGCUACCCUCUCUACAGCUCGGGAUGUGGCUCAUCACUUGGGCAUCCCAGAGGGUGAAGGGAUUGCUGUACGUUCCGCUGCCGUCCCUCCAAACCUACACCUUUCUGUUUCUACAGACAGAGACAAGGACCAGGCCCUGGUGAGCUUGCUGCAGGGAGAGAGGUUUGGGAGCCUGGAUUCCAUCAUUGUUUAUUGCACACGCCGGGAGGAGACAGCCCGGAUCGCAGCUCUCAUCCGCACAUGUCUCCAGGGAGUGAAGCUCAAAGAACCCCCCAAUGCUGAGGAGCUGGAGGAGGAAGAUGGUAGCUUCAGUGGGAAAAGAAAGAAAUCAAAAGCUAAAAAAAGUAGCCGCCGCCCUUUAAAAUGGAUUGCUGAUGCCUACCACGCUGGCUUGUCUGCUGUUGAACGCCGCCGGGUGCAGAACAACUUCAUGUCUGGCCAGCUGCGGGUGGUGGUGGCCACAGUGGCCUUUGGCAUGGGGCUGGACAAGUCCGAUGUGCGUGGCAUCAUCCACUACAACAUGCCCAAGAACUUUGAGAGCUAUGUGCAGGAGAUUGGUCGGGCAGGCAGAGAUGGAAAGCCUGCCCACUGCCACCUCUUCCUGCACCCGGAGGGUGAGGACUUGCAUGAGUUGAGAAAGCACAUCUAUGCAGACACAGUCGACUUCUUCACAGUGAAGAGGCUGGUGCAGAAGGUCUUCCCUCGCUGCAAGUGCCGGGAGCUUCACCAGAAGCAACAGGAGCUCAGCAAGAGUGAUGAAGUGGAGGAUGCAGAAAUGUUGGCCGUCUCAGAGGAAGCUGGAGAAGAGAAGCCACACCAAGACAAAGGACAACUAAGAGUAUGUUACAGACAUGAGAGAGCCAUCCCUAUUCAGCAGACCGUGGAAGCCCUGGACUUCCGAGAGGAAGGCAUAGAGACACUUCUGUGUUACCUGGAACUGCACCCCCAACGCUGGGUGGAACUUCUGCACCCCACUUUCUCGUCUUGCCGAGUGAUGUGCUACGGGGGCCCUCAGCAGCUGCGGACAGUUGCUCAAAGGUGCCCUCCUCUUGCCGUCUGCCUGGCCCAGCAGCGCCUACAAGGGAUCAGCCACACUCACACCAGCUCUGUGGACUUUGACGUCAUUGAGGUGGCCGACUCCAUGGGCUGGGAGGUCCUGCCUGUGAAGCGAGCCCUGCGUCAGCUGCAGUGGGACACGCAGCUGCAGAAUGGUUCUCAUGUAUCCAGAAAAAGUGGAAUCCUUGUGGAGUUUAGCGAGCUCUCUUUUCACCUACGCUCCUAUGGUGACCUCACAGAUGAAGAACUGGACUUAGUGUGUGAUUUCCUGCACCAUCGGGUGAUGGACCGUGAAAAGGCAGCCCUCCGCCAGCUCCAAGUGUGUUUCAAGUCCUUCCAGAGUGUGGCUUUUCGGACAUGUGCCUUGUGCUGCGAUGGUGGAGGGGAAGAGAGGAGCACCCAGCUGAAGUCCCUGUUGAUGGAUUAUUUUGAGAGGGAUAUGGUGCUGGAGGAAGCAAAUCUUGUGCUAGCGGAUGAAGGAACGGAUACUAAGGAUCUCCAGGACAUAAAAUUUCGAAGCUGGGAAGACCAAAUCCGAGGUGACAUCCGCAGUUUCCUGUCCAUCCGCCAAGAAGAGAAGUUCUCUGGUAGAGCUGUGGCCAGGAUAUUCCAUGGCAUAGGGAGUCCCUGCUUUCCAGCUCAGAUUUAUGGCAGAGACCGGCGUUUCUGGAGGAAGUACAUCCAUUUUGACUUCAACAGGAUUAUGCACUUGGCCACAGAAGAGAUCAUCCGCUGGAAGUGAGUGGAGUCUGCAUGGACAUCUCAGAAGAUGAGCUUCCACAGUGAAAGCUGCAGGCUUCCCAAAAGGCUGUGCAUAGGGUCCUCAGGCUGCAGGAUGGAACUGAUUGCAUGGCAGUCAAGUCUCUGAGAGAGGUUUUACUGGAUAUAAUAGCAGCUACUACUCUCUCGACGUAUCUUGGAACUUUUAUGGCAGGCAGAAAGCAUCAGUCCAGGCAAGAGAGGAAAAGGCUUGUUUUUAUCUCUGGACUCUUCACCUUAUGGUAUAAUAAUAAUUUUUUAUGUUCAGGUUUUUGUUUUAAAUUCGCCUGGUUGACGCCUCUUUUUUAAAACUGGAAGACAGAAGUAAUGAGCCAUUCUUCCAUUUAGGGGGAUUUUAUUACUUUUAUUUACAAUGUAAAAUUCUACGUAUUUCUCUCUUCAUGAAGAGUGUUCCCGAAUGACUAGCACUGGUGACAGAGCGGAGGUCUGAGCGCUCAGGGAGGCUUGGUAUGGAGAACUGACAUCUGUAAGCAUGAGGCUGAAGAACUGAUGGAUCUUCUUCCGUAAGACAACUGACAGCACAAGUCUGACUAUUGCUCUCAGCAGCUUUUAAAUGUUUGCUUGUUGCCAUGCUCAAAGCUGGCAUCUUCACCUCCGUACAUGCAUUUCAGUCUCCAAGUACACCAAGGGAUAUUUGCACAACGUUGAUACCAUUUAACUAGAAAUUACUGUCAAGCAAUCUACUCUAGCACUGAUGUUUCAACUGAUCCAAAAUAUCCUUCCUGUAACUAAUAAAUACGUAAAGUUUAUA